AUGGACUACGACGCGUACGACGCACUGCUUCACCAUAUCUUCAAGCAAACUCAAGGAGAUGCUUGGUUCAAGCCGUCUGCGGAGAACAUCCACGCUGGCGUUUGUCUACGUAUUUCUGCGGGUCAAUUCCGUGUUUUCCCUUACGAGAAUCGCUUCCUCGAGCCCUUCGAGCUUGCUGUGCGGACCCUCAAUCCGCUCGUUGCUGUCAAGAUUCGUAGCGCCGCCAUCCACGUGGCUCUGGGCAGCGUAACCGAGGAUGCUGAUGCCAUCUAUCUCGAUGACGAGACACGUAUCCAAGUUCUAGACACGAUGCUAGACCUUCCUCGAGCGGAUAAGGAGCAGUGUGGCGCCUUCAUCCGCGACGAACGCGUCUUGGUCGUCUGGUCCGAUUCACUCAACACGAUCAUCCCGCUGACGAAGGACUUCGACGAGAAGCUCAUCCAGCUCGUGUGGUCUAUCCGUGUUUCCGCCAACGGGAUUCCCACGGCGGGCAGCGUCACCCCGGAAGCAGCCUCACCUGUCAUCGGAACGCCUAUCACCUCUGCGUCCGAUGUUCACCUUCGCGACCCUAACUCUGCCGAGCUUCUAACGCCUAUCCCUGCUACGAAGGAAGUAGUUCCCACCGAAGUUUCGAAGCCCAAGACCAAGACCAAGAGCUCGCUCUGGGGCUGGCGUAUCUCCGACAAGGCCGAUCAAGCUCAGGGUGAUCCAGAGAACGCGUCGGGUGCCGCGUCCCGUCCGAUCCGCUUGUUCGCGCCAGUCUAUGGUGGCCUCGGGGCUGGUUUAUCUUUAUUCUUCAUCGCCUCCGGUGUCAGUGUACUCCUCCAGGAGUGGCGUCUGGAUCACGACUACACUCGUUUCGCCCUGCUUGUCACAACUCCUUUCUUAUUCUGUGUGGCACUUUUCUUUAGUCUACAGAUCAUCACAAACGUCAGCUUCGUAAUCGGUCCUGUCGCGCAGUAUCAUGAAAAUUCCAAGUAUUAUUCUGCCGUCAAGCCGGGUCCGAACAAGGACGUCGACCGCCGCCUGCCGCAUGUCACCAUCGAGCUCCCAGUGUACAAGGAGAGUCUCGAGGAAACCAUUACUCCAUCAGUGCUGUCUAUCAAGAAGGCCAUGCAAACUUAUGCUCGUCAAGGAGGCACCUCGAGCAUCCUCGUGCACGAUGACGGUUUGCAGCUUAUCUCGGAGGAGGCCCGGCUUGCUCGCACGACCUUCUAUGCCGAGCACGGCAUCGGCUGGGUCGCUCGUCCCAAGCAUGACGACUCGGAGGGUGGAUUCAAGCGUCGUGGUCGCUUCAAGAAGGCCUCGAACAUGAACUACGGCUUAUCCCUCUCGCUGAAGAUGGAGGAACAUAUCAAGAAGCUCGAGUUGGAUCGCACAGAGAAGCUCGAGCGCGGCGAAGAACUCCCGGACGAUGAUGGCGCUUUGGAAGAGAAGGCGCUCGAGCUUGCCAUCGAAGAGAUCUACGAGGAGAGCGGAAGGCGUUUCCGUCCGUGGGCUAAGAACGCUCGGGCUCUUCGUGUCGGCGAGGUUAUCCUGAUUGUUGACUCCGACACGAUCGUUCCCGAGGAUUGCUUCCGCGACGCUGUGCGUGAACUCGCAGAGUGUCCCGAAGUCGCCAUCAUCCAGCACGAGUCCGACGUCAUGCAAGUCGCGCAUCACUACUUCGAGAAUGGCAUUACCCACUUCACGCGCCGCAUCAACAAAUGCAUCUCCAUCGGCUGUGCUAACGGCGAGGUCGCGCCGUUCGUUGGACACAAUGCUUUCCUCCGGUGGUCGGCUCUGCAAGACGCUGCGUUUGCAGAUGAAGGUGACAAUGGCAAGAUGAAGAUCUGGUGUGAGACGGCCGUCUCCGAGGACUUCGACAUGGCGCUCCGCCUUCAGCUGAAAGACUACAUCAUUCGUUGGGCUACAUACUCCGAGGGCGGGUUCAAAGAGGGCGUGUCAUUGACAGUCGAUGAUGAGCUUAACCGCUGGCAGAAGUACUCGUACGGAUGUAGCGAACUGAUCUUCCACCCGCUCAAGGACUGGUGGCGUUAUGGACCGAUCACCAAGCAGUUGCGAACGUUCCUGUGGACCAGCGCGCCCGUUCACUACAAGCUCAGCAUGAUGUCAUACAUGUUUUCUUAUUACGGCAUCGCGGCCGGCUUCACGCUCUCUGUCCUCAACUACUUGAUCCUUGGCUUCUCCUUCUCGACAGACGGUUUCUACGAGCACUCCUUCGAGAUCUGGCUCGCCUGUACUUUUGUCUUCCCCAUUGCCGGCAACGUCGGGUAUACGCUGCUCGAGUAUCGGCUUGGCCUUCGCAGCAUCUGGGCGUCGCUUCUUGAGAACUUGACGUGGGUCCCCUUCUUCUUCUUCUUCUUCGGUGGUCUCUCCAUCCAUCUGUCCCAGGCGUUGUUGGCGCAUUUGUUUUCGUACAACAUCACGUGGGGUGCGACGAAGAAAGAAGUAGAGCGCUCUAACUUCUUCAUUGAAGUUCCGCGCAUCUUGCGUCGUUUCUGGCUGGCAUUCGUCAUCAGCUUCGCUUCUUUCGCUGCCAUCGCCAUCCUUGCCUCGGACCUCGUGCCGCAGGGCUGGCAAAUCCCGGGUGUCGACUGGGCCGUGAUCUUCCCGCUCGCCAUCGUCGCCGGCAGCCACAUUCUCUUCCCCGUCGUGCUCAACCCUUGGCUUCUCAUGUUCUCGUACUAG